UCUUGUUGUAGCAGACUUCACAGCCGCUUUCCACUUUUUAUCCCCGUUAAACUAAUCCGCAAGAGAUUUUAUUCAACAGCAAGGGGAGAAUAAGGAACUGACUUUCAACAGCAGUCCACCUAAGAUUGUACAUAAAGUCCUUUAGCACAGUCGUGAAUACACUGUAAGCGGUUUAAAGACGUGGUGAAUUACUACAUGGGAACAAAUAUAAAAGGACGGAGCGCAGAUUUUCCAGCAGAUAUCAACGACGCUGGAAUAUAAACAUGGAUGACGGGCAGCAGCGAUGGCUUUGAAGAAUUAAGGCCGAAUUGCUUCUCGUUUGUUUUCCUUUGUGCACGGCAAAUGGUUUUAAAUCUACGUUUAUGUUAUUGCUUUUGAGACGUGACGUGCCAUUGUCUGUUCAUUUUGGGGAGGAAGUUGUCGGGAUGGCUCCUGGUUCGCUAGCCACAAUGGCCCCCACUGGGCCCAACAUCUCCUGGCUCCCAGAAGCUCCUCUGCUCACUCCAGAGCAGCCCAUUUUCCUCAUGACGACUACGGCCCAGGCAGUGUCAGGCUUCUUUGUGUGGACGGCACUUCUACUCACCUGCCACCAAAUCUACAUGCAUUUGCGUUACUACAGCUCUCCCAAAGAGCAGAGGCACAUAGUGCGCAUCCUUUUCAUCGUACCCAUCUACGCCUUUGACUCCUGGCUCAGCCUUCUCUUCUUUACCAAUGACCAGUACUAUGUGUACUUCGACACAGUCAGGGAUUGCUAUGAGGCAUUUGUGAUCUAUAACUUCUUGAGCCUGUGUUAUGAAUACCUUGGAGGAGAGAGCGCUAUCAUGGCUGAGAUCAGAGGAAAACCUAUUGAGUCCAGCUGUAUUUACGGAACAUGUUGUCUUUGGGGCAAGACCUACUCCAUUGGCUUCCUUCGAUUUUGCAAACAGGCCACUUUACAGUUCUGUGUAAUAAAACCCCUGAUGGCCAUGAUUACGGUCAUCCUGCAGGCCUUUGGGAAAUACCGUGAUGGGGAUUUCAAUGUCGCUAGUGGUUACCUGUACGUGACCAUCAUCUACAACAUCUCAGUCAGCCUGUCUCUCUACGCUCUUUUCCUGUUCUACUUCGCCACCCGAGACCUCCUCAGCCCCUACAGGCCAAUGCUCAAGUUCUUCAUGGUCAAAUCGGUCAUCUUCCUCUCCUUCUGGCAAGGCAUGCUGCUGGCCAUCUUGGAGAAAUGUGGUGCGAUUCCUCAGAUUAGCUCUCCUGAGGUUUCUGUGGGUGAGGGAACCGUUGCAGCUGGAUACCAGAACUUCAUCAUUUGCAUCGAGAUGUUCUUUGCCGCCUUUGCCCUGCGACAUGCGUUUACCUACAAGGUCUACAUGGACAAAAGACUGGAUUCCCUUGGCCCUGUUCCUACAUAUGGACAGUACGGUCGCUGUGCCCCCAUGAAGAGCAUCUCCAGCAGCUUGAAGGAGACCAUGAACCCUGGAGAUAUGGUUCAGGAUGCCAUCCACAAUUUCUCCCCAGCCUACCAACAGUACACCCAACAGUCCACCCUGGAGCAGGGGGUCACCGCGCCGCCCAUAUCCCGCAACCACAGCUGCAUGAGUGCCCGGGACAAUGAGAAAACCCUGCUGCUUAGCUCCGAUGAUGAGUUUUAACUCGCUCACCUGUCGUCCUGAGCAGAGGUACUUCGUAAGGGACCGUUUACUGCUACGGUAGUGUAAUGAUGAGGUUACGUUAACAUAGGAACAGGUUAUUAAAGGACUAUCUUAAGCAAGUAGUUACGUUCAAGUGCAGUAGAAUAUGAAAUUAAGCUGCUUAUACUUGCUUAGUUGUUGAAACAGUCUUUAAAGAAAGAUCUUGAUGUGCUUUUAUCUGAUAAUGUUGAAUCGUUUAAAUAAUACAUUCAUCUGUACUUUUAGCCAAAUUUUGAAAACCCAUAUGGUCUGACACUUCAGCAUUUGCAUUGAUGUAUUUUUUUAUGCUUGUUGUAGUUUUACAUAGGGGGUGUUAGGACAUCCCAGCAUAUUUAUAAAGAGCAGUGUAUUGGAGGACCCCCAUUCGGUGGGAAUGUUUCCGUUUUUGAUUUACAAGUUCAAGUGCACCUUUCCUUCUGUUUCAACAGUGUUUAUAGCUUCCUCAGUGAUUUAAAGUGCAGUGGUGAAUGAAAGAGCGCACUGACAGUAGAGGGAAUACCAGCUGUUCAAACACACCGUUGUUGUUAUGACGGAUGAAUCAAGGGACGGGGAGAGGUUGAUGGUCCACGAUAAGAUUACAGAUUAAGGUGGUCUGGAUUAUAAAGAUGGAACAUUACUUGCCUGUUGCAGAUUAGCACAGGCUUUCAGAAAAGUGUGACCAUCCUGGACCACUGCAG